AUGGAGGAGAACACGGCAGCUGCGGCGGAGAGAAGAUCAGGUUGUGGUUUAUUGAGCGUAAUGUUCGGUAGACGUAACUUGUGGUCCAAGAAACAUACAUCAACCGAUAACGGUAGUCAAAAAAGCACAUCUACGGCUGCAACAGCAACAAGCAACAUUCAAUUCACAAAAUCUCCCGGUACCGAGUUAAAGAAGCCUCGAGAUGAUCAGAAAGUUUCCGCGGAACCAAACAAGAUCCAGAACCAAAGAUCCGUAGUUCCAUCGGAACCAAACAAGAUCCAGAACCAAAGAUCCGUAGUUCCAUCAAAAACCUCGUCGAAUCAAUACCCUAAUAACCAUCAAUUAGGAAGCUACGAGAACCAUCAUCAACAACAACAACGUAGUAGUCAUAACAAUAGUAGUAGCGUUGAUCCAUACCGAGGAGGACCGAGGAAAGUGCCAAGAGAAGCCAUUGGUUUAUCUGGUGAGCUUGAAAGUAUGAUCACAGAUCAUCAAAAAUCAAAAGGAACCAAUGGAUUGGUUCGUGCUUCUUCUAGCAACGUCAUGUUAUUUGGAAAUCUUGGUAAUUUGAAUCAGCAAGGACCAGUAAUGUCAUCAAAUUACGGUAAUAGCAAUGGUUAUAGCGCGAAGAGGACCAAUGUGGCUGUUGCUGCUGCUGCAACGGUGACAACAAAGAGUCAAGAUCAAUCAGGAUCUUUGUGUAGAGCAAUCUCAACCAGAAUGGAUCCUGAAACUUUGAAGAUUAUGGGGAAUGAAGAUUACAAGAACGGGAAUUUCGCAGAGGCGUUGGCAUUGUAUGAUGCAGCGAUAGCCAUUGAUCCCAACAAAGCUGCUUAUCGUAGCAACAAGAGCGCGGCUUUGACCGCGCUAGGGAGAAUUCUUGAUGCGGUUUUCGAAUGUAGAGAAGCAAUCAGAAUCGAGCCACAUUACCAUAGAGCACAUCAUCGGUUGGGUAACUUGUACCUCAGGUUAGGAGAAGUCGAGAAAUCGAUAUAUCAUUUCAAGCAUUCGGGUCCAGAAGCUGAUCAAGAAGACAUUGCAAAGGCGAAAACGGUACAAACACAUAUCAGUAAAUGCACAGAGGCAAAGAGAUUAAGAGAUUGGAAUGGAUUGAUUACAGAGACAAGAAACACAAUAUCUUCAGGAGCUGAUGCAGCUCCACAGGUAUAUGCAUUGCAAGCAGAGGCAUUGUUGAAGACUCAUAGACAUGAAGAAGCUGAUGAUGCUUUGUCUAGAUGUCCGGUUUUCGAUGUCGAUGUCAGCACUCGGUACUACGGACCGGUCGGUUAUGCUGGUUUCUUGGUCGUCCGUGCUCAGGUUCACUUGGCCUGUGGCAGAUUUGACGAGGCGGUGGAGGCGAUCCAACGCGCCGGGAAACUAGACGGAAACAACCGGGAAGUGAACAUGGUUUUACGGCGAGCUCAGGCGGUGACCGAAGCUCGAUUUAGAGGAAACGAGCUGUUUAAAGCCGGACGAUUCCAGGAGGCUUGCGCCGCUUACGGCGAGGGAUUAGAUAACGAUCCGAGAAACUCUGUUUUGCUCUGCAAUCGCGCGGCUUGCCUGUCAAAAUUAGGUCAAUUCGAAAAUUCCGUCGAGGAUUGCACGGCGGCGAUCUCUGUCCGGCCGGGAUACCGUAAAGCUCGCCUGAGAAGAGCCGACUGUAACGCUAAGAUCGGAAAAUGGGAAUUAGCGGUGGCGGAUUACGAGGUAUUGAAAAAGGAGACGCCGGAGGAUGAGGAUGUGAUCAGAGGAUUAUCGGAAGCUCAACAACAACUGAUGAAACGCCGUGGCCAAGAUUCUUGA